UGUGAGUGGCAAGAGGUGUGCAGUGAAGCUGCCUGCCAAAGAGAGGUCUUAUUAGGACCAUCUUCCCAGGUCUGCAACCAUCUCUGCAAGUCACCGAGUGGCUCUGUCCUCAGCGCAUUGCAACACUCCCGAAAUGCCUUUGUUCGGCUGGAUGAAGUGGCCCCGCGGGGAGCCGGAGCGGGUGGAAGCAGAGCACGAAGAGGGCAGCACCAAACCGCCAGGGCCGGGUCCCGGCUGCACGCUGAUGCGUGAGCUGCUGUGGCACGUGGAGGAGCGCGAGCGGCUGGCCCGCCAGGUGGAGCUGCGAAACCGUCUGGCCCACAGCACACUGGGGUACCACUGGCUGCAAAGCUACGCCAGCCUGCGGUCUCUGAUACCCCCAUCAGAGCGGCGGCAGCUAGAGCACCUUUGUGCACAAAUCCAGCCAGCACAAACAGCCACUGUACUCUCCAGGUUCCGUGAGGUGCUUGCAAGCAACAACAUUCUCCCCUGGGAGCUGGUGUACGUCUUCAAACAGGUGCUGAGGGAUUUUCUAGACAAGGACGCAGAAGACGACGAAGACCAGCCCCAACCGCAGCCCAUGGAGGCCUGGACCAACCGCUACCAAAUGAAACAGGGUUUUGUCACACCCACGGUGCCCGACUGCAGCGAUCAGCAGCGGGAGGAGAUCCCCACCAUCUCGAGCUACGUGGACCGCAGCAUGCGCGGCGCUCUUCCUUACGCCGCCCACAGGGACUGGGACCUGCCCUACUACUACCCCGCGCCGUGCCGCUGCCCCGAGGCCUACAGCACCACGCUGUGA